AUGUCUUCCUCCCGAUCAACCGGAAAGCGUCUGCCUAUCAGUUGUCAGGCAUGUCGAACAAGAAAGAUCCGCUGCUCCCGGGAUGGACGUCCAUGCCAGACCUGUGUGCGCCGGGGAUUGGGCGCGGAGGAUUGUAUCUAUCUUGGUCAACCUCGUCUGUCAACUGAGCAAACACAGUCCGGAGACCCAAAUGUUCAGAAUGAACUAUUAGCACGGAUCCGCAAUUUAGAAGCCCUGCUCCAGAAGCAGGUACAUUCGCAAGCGGGCACACCUGUUGCUGGCUCUCAGUCUCCACUUGGUGCGCUCAGUGCUACUGGCAGCUUGUCAGAUUCUGAUGUUGGGGGAAUGGAGUGGGAUCUGCGCAGUAGUAUGCUCGGUAAUGUCGGCACUCUCCAUACGUCCCCAUCAGGGCACGUUCGUUAUGUGCCACUUGCUUCACAGUGGGAAUCUGUUGUUGCUAAGAGCCCCGCUGCCGGGUGUUUGCGGGAUUCCGACUCUGAUAUUAUAGAUGACGACGACCUGCAGAUCCCCUUAGCUCGAAAUGGGAGUGUCUCCCGUGCUGAGCUUUUGGCCUUGUUACCACCAGGCCGGUAUUGUGAUACUUUAAAAGAGGUUUACUUUCGUGUCUUUUCUCCAGUCUUUCAUAUUCUUCACGAUUUGACUUUUGAAGCCGAGUAUCAACAGUUUUGUCAUGAUCCGGGUAGUGUGUCAACAUCAUGGCUCGCUCUUUUGUUCGCCAUGCUUGCCAUCGCAGUCAGUGCACUAGAGGACGAUGAUCCUUUAUUAUCCGACCUUGGCCGGGAGAGGACAGUUAGUCGAAACAUCAAAGUGCUUUCAGCACGCUACCGGUCUGCCGCAUUGCGAUGUCUGGCUGCAGAUGGUGUCAUGACUCGGCAUUCUAUCAACUCGCUGCAGUCAUUAGUCCUCAUCAACUAUGCGCGACUCCAUCGUGGUUUGCCUUUCUGGACAUUAUUGGGAUUCACCCAUCACGUUGCCAUCUCUAUGGGCUGUCAUUUAGACCCAGAGAGAUUCGUCCUCGGUCCCAUUGAGCGUGAAGAGCGACGACGAGUCUGGACAGGGCUGAUGAUGCUUUAUACCAUCCACAACACAUCUUUCGGCAGUCUGGAUCAACAUUUAAUCAACCAGGAUGUGAAGAUGCCAGCCGAUGUUGACGACAUCGACCUUCUAACUGCCCCGAAUGCCCCUACCUCUGAUCCCUCUUCCUCUCCCUCCGCUAGCCGGCCCACACAAAUGACCUACCUCCUUUUGAGCUUCCGACUAUACAAGAUCUCCACCAGGAUCUGCGAAACAAUAUUUACCUACCCCCAAGCGUCCCGCUUUAGCAUCGCCCAGCUCGAAGCUGAACUAUUGACCGUUCGCGACCUAUGCGAUGCUCGAUAUCAAUCCGAUAAUCAAGAUCCAUUGCCCGUCCACCACCAAGCCAACCUCAACAUCCUAUACAGCCAAAUCCACCAGCUCCUCCUCCUUCUCCUCCGUCCAAACCUUUGCCGAUUCAUCCAAGGCGAGAUCACACCUGAGACCUGCGAAUCACGAUCCAAAUGCAUGGCAUCCGCAAAAGCAUCUCUAUCGAUCUUCCAGACUCUACUGGAGUCUUCACAAUUCGCCCCUUACAAGUGGUACACCAGCGGACUAGGCAGUUUCAACGCCUUCCACGCCGCAGUCGUCCUAGCCGUUGGUCUCCUUAACCCCGAGAACGAGGCAGAGUUCGACGAGAUCAAGGAAGCCUUGACAAAAGCCCUGGAUAUGUUCGCUUCACUUUCUGUCCGAAGUAUCUUCUGCAGUAAAGCAGUUCCAGUCGUUCGACAGAUCAUCGAAAUCACAUCUGCACAAUACCACCAAGCAAAACUGCAAUCCCAAACUCAGCAAACCCAAGCCCAGAUGUUCGCGACUUUGGCACCUUCCAUCUCAGCAGUCACAAUGCCUGAUAGUUACACGCUGUCACACAAUCCAUCGCUAUCGCCUGUUCCAACUGUUGCGUCUUCGGCAAGCGAGCCGUCGAUGCACUCUAGUUUUGGUAUCAAUUUGCAUCCUCAGCAUUGGAUGGGUCCUACUUCUGUGCCGUGGGAGACGAUGGGUUCGUCGAUGCAGUAUGCCUUUGAGUCUGAUGUGGCAUAA